CGAAGGGAUGAGAACGCGUGUCGCAGUUUCUAACGGCGGACGUUCCUAGUCGCAGCUUGAAGCCGGAACGCGGGAAAACGAUACAAGAUAUCAAGAUGAGGGCUGCAGUGAUAUUAGCGUUAUUAACGGUAGCAUUGUCACACGUUCUAGCGACUCCGAUAGCGCAUAAUACAGAUCAGGAUCCUGGAGAAGUAAAAUCUGAUGGUCCAGUAAAAGAAUUAGAAAAUCUAAAAAGGGAAGAGACAAGUAAGGAGACCGUUCCUGGAAUACAAAGUGAACAUAUGGAAUUUCACCGACUUGAUUCUGUAAAAGCGAACGGUGAACUUGUUUCUCGGCUAGAGCAACACGCCUCAGUUGAUGCGACGGGAGAUGAGAAGCCUCUUGUACAUGCACAGACUCAGCUUGAUUUACACGCUGAGGAUGUUCACAAAGUUUUCGUACAAGAUGGAUCGCACGUAAGCAUGCUAGACGCGACUGCUGCUACAACCAUUGCACCCGAGGAACAAACCGCUAAAAUAUUCCACGGCGCAGCUCGCUUGAUCCAACCUGGGUCUGGGACGAACACUCCCCAAAAUGGACACACAGCUGUAAGGCGUGCAUUCAACGCCGACACUACCAAGGAGAUGAAUAAUAAUAUGGAUCACUACUCUUCAUACGCGGGUGUGCAAUAUUCUCCGCUGGAUAUGGCCGAGUAUGUUUUCUGGACCGGAGACGAACGGGGCGUUACAACGGCUAUCGAAGAGUUUCUACAAGAAGGAAUGAUGACAAAAGAAGAGGCCAUAGCGUUUCUGCAGGAGAUCAAGUUCAAUAUCGAUUACCUCCGCGCUCACUACACGCAGAAUAUAAAGGAAGCGGAGGAGAGCGCGCAACAAGAAAAACUGAGAAACUUUAUAAUGGAACAAAAUGCUAAGGAGUACCAAUACCACCAGAUACCUCCCCAGUCGUUUCCGUUCGGUGGAAGCCCAGACAUCAUCCGUUCCAUAUCUGAAAAAACGUGGGACAUGAGUAACAACCUCGGCGCGAUACCCUCACUACCCAUUACAAGCGACCUGCGCCCUGAGCCCGUGAAGCGGACUAACGAUCCCAUGCUUCAGACGAAUGUCAUACGCACGUCUGACUACGAUCGUGAGACUCCAGUCAUCAGUGAGGAAGAGUAUGAGGAAAUGAUGGACAAGCUACGAGCGGCCGACACCUUGUACACCGAGUAUACCUUGGAGGAGAUUAUUUACCAACUGGCUAAGAUGAUGUUCGCGCAGUCGCUGGGGCGCGAGGCGGUGUCGGCGCGCGCGGCCACGCAGCGCUUCAUGGCAUUUCUGGAGCUCGAAGCGCAGCGCGGACAGCUGUCGCGCACCAUACAGAAGAAAGUGCUCGACGUGAUGAUGGCAGCAUUGACAGACACGAUCAACGAUCACCCCGAACUUCUGCAGGCGCGGGAUGGACUUGGCCUAUCUCCGUCUAACCGAAUAAUGCAUCAAUUCUUGGAGACGAGCGCCUCAGAACCGAGCGUGUCCCGAGCGAUCCUGGCAGCUUACAAAGAUGAACUCCUAAAAGGACCGCCUAUGCAUAAAUCCUCCUUUGCCGAGAGAAACUAAAUCAAACGUAUAACUUCGCAUUUCAAGUCUCCUGCCAUUUGAUUUGAUCUCUAUCUUAGUUUUGCUAAUAUUUCCUUAGGAAAUACAUACAUUACAUAAUGCCAAAACGUAGAUCGUAAGAUUAAUUUGAGCUUUUCGAUGGUUAAAAUACUAUAAAAAUAUAGCCGAUUAUUAUUAGCGUAGGAAAUAAUCAAUAUUGCUUGUGACAAUUACGUCAUACUUAAUAUUAUUUAUUUAUAUGUUAUAAGGUAGCAGAUGAAAACAAGAGUUUCGUUUUAAACAUCUACUGGUUAGAUUUAAUAAAUAUUCAAGUUACAUUAACACAUACAUUUUUAUAUGGUUAAUAGACAUUUAUUACUUUAGUAGACGAAAUAUAAUGAUUACAGUCUACAUAAUUGUUAAAAUUUCAGACCAUUUUAUAAGUAUUAUCGAUAUAGACAUAUUAUAUAUCGGUAAAAGAAUGAGAUUUAAGAUAUUUACAGAUAAGCAAUUUUAUAACUGGCAACUAAAACACUUGGAAAAUGGAUAAUACAGUAUUAUUAAUACUAUUUAAAUUAAACUGACAUCACUGACUGUAAGAAACAUACACAAUUAUGUUUAAAAUAUAAUUGGUUUUUUUUUAAACCUAAGUGGCUUAUCCGUAAGUAUCUUUAAAGGAUAAAUGUUAAUGUAAAUUAUUUAUAAUAGAAUUCUUAUAAUAAAGUAUUAUACAUAUAUAGAAAAAAAUUGUAAUAUUUACUCAGAAACUUGUAAUACAUAUUUUUCUAUUUCAUAAUUAAACAUUAUAAUGUGCUUUCUGAUCAUUGGAAUAACUUUCAAUCUGCAUCGAAUAUUAAGAAUAACUUGUUCAAUAAAUUGAAACACUUAUGAGAGAAUAUAAUUUUAAACAGUUGCAAGUGCAUAUCAGAAGUACUGCUACAGAGACAUAUCAUUACUCUGUUAACUUUAUUUGUUUUCUCUUUAACCGAUAUCACAAAGCACAUCACAAUGUAAGUUUCUAUCUUAAAAUUCUUAUCUAUUUAAUAGUAAUAACUUGAAAAUCUACUUGAAGACUUAGAGAAAUCUAUUAGAAAUUAAAUAUAUUGCAAGACUUAAUUCAGCAUUGUUAGGAUUGAUGCUAAGGAAUCGGCGUAAAAUUUAUUAUAUCUAUAUUAUUCUUUGAAAUAUAUUAUGAAUUUAAUAAAAAAGUUUUA